CAGCAAACAUGGCACAACCCAGCAGCUCCUCAAUCACAAACCUCUUUAAUGACUCCCGUCUCUCCGAUGUCACAAUUCACCAAGUAUCCGGAGGUGAAAUACGGGAAUACAAGGCACACCGGGCACUUUUAGCAAUAUACUCCAAGUGGUUUCUGAAUGCCUUUAUAGGACCUUACAAGGAAGCAAAGACGGACGCAAUUGAAAUGCAUGAUGACGACCCCGACGCUUUUCGGUUCGUGUUGAAGUAUAUGUACACCGACCAUUAUGACGACGAGGAGAUCAAAGAAAUGAUCGGAUAUGAUCCGAGCAAUGUUUUUCUUCCCCACAUCAAGAUCUUCAUAGUGGCGGACAAGUACGACAUCGAGCGCCUUCGAAGCGAGGCUAUGAAAAAUCUUGAGAAAGCUGUAUGGAACAUGGAUGAAGGUAUUGAAUUACUUCUCUCCAACCUUGUCGUUGGCGUCGAAGCCUACUAUGGCAUCGGCAUGGACGAUGGUACUCAGAUGGGAUCGAGACUUGCUUCCAUCAUCCACCGUCAUCCUGGAAUGAGAAAAUUCACGCGGUCUCCGAUUUUUGCGAAGUUGGUCCGCGAAUUUCCAUCUUUCGCGGCAGAUGUUCUGCUCCAUGAGCGAUUUCUAUCGGUCACGAAAUGUACAUGUUCUAAUUGUAAGAAGCCUUCAACGUACGUGGAGAGAAGCCAUAACGGGUGGGGAUAUUGCUUUGAAUGUGGUAAAUCACAAUGGUUCAAUGGAAAGGAGAUGGAUGAUGAGUAGCUUCCUGUGUUAUCCGCAAACUUCAGGGAAUGCUCGCGAUAAGUUACCUAGGUAUAUUCCUAGAGAAGAUAUUUUCCGACAUGAACGGUUUAUCUAAGACUGAAUAGAGUCCAUAUAUACCGAGAUAAGAUGAAACC